AUGCUGAAACAAAUACAUCUGCGUUGGAGCGGCCACCUCGAGCGGAUGGACGGCGAACGACUACCCAAACGACUCUUCUACGGAGAUGUUGCCAUUGGUUGCCGCCAAUACAAGGACACUCUGAAUACGUCCCUGAAGUGUCUGCAGAUUAACGCGGCCAACUGUGAAGACCUCGCCCGAGACCGAUCGACCGGGAGGAGGACAGUGAAGACAGGUGCAGCGAUCUAUGAGGCCAGCAGCAUUCCCACUACUAAAGCUAAACGCAAGGCACGCAAAUCGCACCUGCGUCCACCCCGCAACGCCAAAAAUCAACCACCUCCGACCUGCCUACGCUGCUAG